AUGUACGGCUACCAUCGAGGUCGUCCAGACUACGCAAACAUGGUGACUGUGGGUGAUUACGACUUAAAUCAGGGAUUUCACGCCUAUACUUCUGCCACUUCUCGUGAUGCUGGACUUGAAGCGUAUUAUGGACUAUCCCCUAACCCUGAUCAAGACUGCAUGCAAGCACAAGGCGUAUCUCCAGGUCUUGGAUCUGUUAAUUCAGAGCCGAUCCUGGCCCGAUCUACUACAGAGCAGCAGCAGGACCUCCGCGAGCGCCGCAGGGCAGUUGACUUGAUGGAAAGCCGAGAGAUACCAUGGAAUGCUCUGGCCUCAAAAAGACGUCGACAUGAUACCCAAAUAGAAUACUACCCAGCGGCUUUCCUCCCGGAACCCUACCAAGGAUAUAUGGACCAACAAAACCAAGCCUUCCCGCCCACUGGACCUCCUUAUGGCUUUGGCGAACCAGCCGCCUCUUCAGCCAGUCAACAGCAUGGCUUUUACUCUUCAUCUGGCUCCAGUCCUACAACUCAGGAUAAUCAUGGCGAAAAACCCAAAGGCGGCCGCCAACCAGGAAUGAAUCUUACCCCAGCGGCAGUGAACAAUGCUCGUCUGGUCCGCCACCUCGGCGCUUGCUUGAGAUGCCGAAUUCUACGAGAAAGGUGCUCAGAUGGGGAUCCAUGCCUCAGAUGCGCCGAGACCCAUGGCCGCAAGUGGAAGGGAUGCUUCCGCAGUAUGAGGUCACUAGGAGAUGCAUUAGUACCACCAAUGCUUGCAGAUCGCUUGCGUCGCCCUGCUUUUGAAAACUACAUGACACAGAACACGCAUCACGAUGUUAGUUCUAUGAUAUUUCGAUUACCACUAAGUUUUGGGUUUGGACCCCAAUUCGAUGGAUUUUUGGGCCGCGAGUUCAUCCCCUCGACUGAUGAGUCGGAUUAUUCAUAUGCCGUUUUCUCAAGUAGAGAGGGCCAUCGGUCACAUCACCGUUCCCACGCCCUGUUCAUCUAUCCGUUAUAUAGCUCAGAAUCGGAAGUCAACAGCUUGUUAAUCAAGUGGCUGAAGAAAACAGUGACGGAUCCGAGAAGCAUGAGAGAGUGGCGAAACUUCUGCUUCCAAGAACGUCGAGACAGGUGGAUGCGAGACCUGCUCGAGAAAAUUUGGGAAUACUCCGCGACAUGCUGGCAGCAGCGGGACUCUAGGUAUCAUGAUAUCGAUGAGACUCUUGCACAUACCUGGAUGCUCACCCUACUGGCGACGAUGCUGUCCAUUUCAAUCACUGUGCCGCCGGAUGCCUUGCAGGCUAUUUUUGACAGCCUAGCCUUCUCAGAUCUCAGGAGACCCAACGUCUCGAGAUCUAGUAUCUCGAACUCCUCUCGACCAAUCAACAGGUGUGUAAAGGGAAUUCUGCUGGCUUUCUACGAAAAAAUCGUCUCAAAAGUCAUGACUAAGCUCGACGAGUUGAUUAAGUCCAGCAAAAAGGUAGACGAACGCGAAUGGGGCCACAUUUACUGUAUCUCCAUUCUGCUCGUCAUUGUGGUCAGCCAGACCCAGAUGUCGCUUUGGGACAACUACAAAAUGGCAGAAACCGAAGGCCGCCGGGGACAAUGGGAGAAGACGAGUGAAUCUUUGGAGCAGCUCGAGGAAGCAUACACCCAUAUCACGCUUGUUUCUCACUGGAAAUAUAAGCAGACUAAAACUGGGAAGUAUCGCGACGGAAGCUACCGCAUUUCCGACUCGCUGUUGAGAAGUCUCGUUGAUGGGAUACUGCGUAUUCGGCGUACUCAUGGACCAGAUGUGUACCGAAGUCUUAAGGAUGAGCUGCAGGUGGGCAUGGACGCGGGGUCUGGAUUCGAUGCAUCGAUGAACACGCAGCGACUGUUUGGGGUUUACUUUAAUCUGAUCUAUCCAGAGCAGGGGUCUAUAUAG